UCAAGAGUAAAGGAAGCGAGCUGGUGGCAGCGAUGCAAACCUUGCAGCUACACUGACUGUCAGUCUUUCAUACAAAUGGAGGCCAGGACUGUCAUCAGAUAAUUGGAGCUGCAGCCUCCAAGUUGCUAAAGACUCUUACAAAACAGAAGCCAAUCAAAUGGGAUGUGAAUUUGCUGAAUACAAAAUGAGAAACUUCAUGGACGCUGUCAUUGCAGAGGACUGACCAGCACCAUAGUUUCUCACAAAGCCGUUUUAGGUUUUGAACGCCCCUCUUUUCAGUCUCAUUCUGCUCCUCUGCCUCACACACCUUCAUCCACCAGCUCUGCUAUUCAGCCCAGCCAGAGAGGACCCUUACCUCUCCCUUGGCCCCACAUCGGCGGCCAGCUCUGGCAGUGUGUUGGUGAACGAUGGCGCGGUGGGAAGCUGAGGGCUGCCGCGGGGGACUGUGAUGUCAGAGAACAACAGCCCGGGCGAGAGCCGGCGUGGCGCUCCCAGAUUCUUCGUGGGCUGCGAGGAGGAUGAGAGCGAAGUCCUGGAAGAGAGCAUGAGGACAGACAUGGAGCUGUAUGAGGACGACGAAGACUCAGACUCGCCCCCGGAGCAACAGAUCGUGGUUGGGAUAUGUUGCAUGAUGAAGAAGUCCAAGUCCAAGCCCAUGACCCAGAUCCUGGAGAGGCUGUGCAAGUUCGAGUUCAUCACCGUGGUCAUUUUCCCAGAGGACGCCAUCCUCAAUGAGCCCGUGGACAAAUGGCCUUUGUGCGACUGCCUCAUCUCCUUCCACUCCAAGGGAUUCCCGCUGGAUAAGGCGGUGAGCUAUGCCAAACUGAGAAACCCCCUGCUCCUCAACGACCUGAACAUGCAGUACUACAUACAGGACAGGAGGGAGGUGUAUCGCAUCCUGCAGGAGGAAGGGAUUGACCUACCGCGCUAUGCUGUGCUGAACCGCGACCCAGAUAAACCAGAUGAGUGUAACCUGGUGGAGGGAGAAGACCAUGUGGAGGUGAAUGGAGAGAUUUUCCAAAAGCCUUUUGUUGAGAAGCCCGUCUGCGCCGAGGACCACAACGUCUACAUCUACUACCCCACCUCUGCUGGUGGAGGUAGCCAGAGACUCUUCAGAAAGAUCGGGAGCCGCAGCAGUGUGUACUCGCCAGAGAGCAAUGUGAGGAAGACGGGCUCGUACAUCUAUGAAGAGUUCAUGCCAACAGAUGGCACCGAUGUUAAGGUGUACACUGUGGGGCCCGACUAUGCUCACGCUGAGGCCCGGAAGUCCCCUGCUCUGGACGGGAAGGUGGAGAGAGACAGCGAGGGGAAGGAGGUCCGCUACCCUGUCAUGCUCUCAGCCAUGGAGAAGCUGGUGGCUCGUAAAGUCUGCCUAGCAUUCAAGCAAACUGUGUGUGGCUUUGAUCUUCUCCGAGCCAACGGGCAUUCCUAUGUGUGCGACGUCAACGGAUUCAGUUUUGUGAAGAACUCAAUGAAGUACUAUGACGACUGCGCCAAGAUCCUUGGGAACAUCGUGAUGCGUGAGCUGGCUCCUCAGUUUCAGAUUCCUUGGUCCAUCCCCACUGAGGCAGAGGACAUCCCCAUUGUUCCCACUACAUCAGGGACCAUGAUGGAGCUGCGCUGUGUCAUUGCUGUCAUCCGACACGGAGACAGAACGCCCAAACAGAAGAUGAAGAUGGAAGUUCGUAACCCCAUGUUCUUUGAUCUUUUUGAAAAAUAUGGAGGCUACAAAACAGGGAAAUUAAAGCUGAAGAAGCCAAAGCAGCUGCAGGAGGUGCUGGACAUCACACGGCAGUUGUUAGCAGAACUAGGACAACACAAUGACUGCGAGAUAGAGGAGAAGAAGUCCAAACUGGAGCAGCUGAAGACUGUUCUGGAAAUGUACGGCCACUUCUCGGGGAUCAACAGGAAAGUGCAACUAACUUACUUGCCCCAUGGGCAGCCCAAAACCUCGAGUGAGGAAGAAGAUACACGUAAGGAAGGUCCAUCUCUGCUGCUGGUGCUGAAGUGGGGCGGCGAGCUGACACCUGCUGGCAGAGUACAGGCUGAGGAGCUGGGCAGGGCCUUCCGCUGUAUGUACCCCGGAGGUCAAGGAGACUAUGCUGGGUUCCCAGGCUGCGGGUUACUGCGGUUACACAGCACCUACAGACACGACCUGAAGAUAUACGCGUCCGAUGAAGGCCGGGUUCAGAUGACGGCCGCUGCUUUCGCAAAGGGUCUGCUGGCGCUGGAGGGGGAGCUGACUCCCAUCCUGGUGCAGAUGGUGAAGAGCGCCAACAUGAACGGGCUGCUAGACAACGACAGUGACUCGCUGAGCAGCUGCCAGCACCGCGUCAAGGCCCGACUGCACGACAUCCUGCAGAAGGACAGGGACUUCAACGAGGAGGACUUCGACAGGCUGGCCCCAACCGGUAGUGCCUCUCUGGUCAAUUCAAUGAAGAUUGUGGAGAACCCUGUGGCUACAUGUGACCAGGUGUACGCCCUCAUUCAGAGCCUCACCUCGCAGAUCCGCAAAAGGAUGGAGGACCCCAAGUCAGCUGACCUGCAGCUAUACCACAGUGAGACUCUGGAGCUGAUGCUGCAGCGCUGGUCCAAACUCGAGAGAGAUUUCCGCAUGAAGAACGGCCGCUACGACAUCAGCAAAAUCCCCGACAUCUACGACUGCGUGAAGUACGACGUCAUCCACAAUGCAACCCUGGGCCUGGAGGACACACUGGAGCUGUUCAGACUGUCUCGAGCUCUGGCCGACAUCGUCAUUCCACAGGAAUACGGCAUAAAUAGAGUGGAGAAGUUGGACAUAGCAUACACCCACUGCCUCCCACUGGUCAGAAAGAUACAGCUCGACCUCCAGAGGACCCACGAGGACGAGUCUGUCAACAAACUGCACCCUCUGUACUCUCGAGGAGUGAUGUCUCCUGGGCGCCAUGUAAGGACGCGUCUAUAUUUCACCAGUGAGAGUCACGUCCACUCCCUGCUCAGCAUUUUCCGCUACGGAGGCUUGCUCGAUGAGGAGAACGACCAGCAGUGGAAGCGUGCCAUGGAUUACCUCAGCGCCGUUUCUGAGCUCAACUACAUGACUCAGAUUGUCAUCAUGCUGUAUGAGGACAACAACAAGGAUCUGGCCUCUGAGGAACGCUUCCACGUUGAGCUUCACUUCAGCCCCGGUGUGAAAGGCGUAGAGGAGGAGGAGAACGCACCGACCGGCUUCGGCUUCAGACCCGCUUCUGCUGAGAACGGGCAGAAGCAGACGGACCCCGGCAGCCUGGAGGACCUCACGCGAGAUGAGACCGACCGCGCCGUGCCACUGUCUGAGCCAAUCACCAUUCAGAGGAAGUCCCCACUCAUACGCAAUCACAAGACAGGAUCCAUGGAGGUUCUGUCAGAGACAUCUUCCUCCAAAGUAGGCAGUUAUCGCCUCUUCUCGCUGUGCUCGCGUCAAUCCCCAGAGAUGAAGCAAAGUGGAUUGGGCUCUCAGUGCGCCGGGCUCUUCAGCACCACUGUCCUAGGUGGGUCCUCUAGCGCCCCUAACCUGCAGGACUACGCACGCGCACAUCGCAAAAAAUUCUCCACCGGCAGUCUGUCCUACAAAGACGGAACUAAAGAUGACACAUCCACCGUAGCAGUGGCUCCACCUGUCUGGUGCACUGCAACAGAGCCCUUGGAUGAGCACCGUGUGGCCCAGUUGUUGAGGCGUUUCUCCACCGACCUCAGCCUGGGCCGCCAACUCUCUCUGGACGGGGCUCUGGCCCACCAUCUCCACCAGUGCUCCUACCACCUCCGCCUCUUCCGCAACUCGCUCAUCUCCGGCCAGGACCCCGUAGAGUACCUCCACGGUCAGCCCCUUGGCCCCGCCCCCCACACCCGCAGCCUCACACCCUGUCCAGCUGCUGCUCACGGUUUUCAGUUGGGACUGUGCUUGUUCUGUGGUGGACCAUCAUGCUUUGCCUCUCGAUGUUUUUGCAUGCUUGCCUGCGUCUGUUGUUAUGCAGAUUGCAAGCUGGAGUGGUGUGAGGUUUUGGGGCAAAUUUUGCAAGUUCUAUCCUUCCACUUAGCAGGGGUGUCAGUAACCCACCCCCUGCCCUUUUUGCCAAUACAUAAAUCCUCAGUUCGUUUGGUUUUAUUCCUAAAGCUUUUUCUGUCAAAUACAAUUGAAGGCAUCAUUUUUGCAAUUUAGGCGUACCAAGAUAUAAAAUGCAGGGGAGCCACUAAAAAACAUUUCACUUUUUGUAGUUUUUAUAUUAAAUAUUCCUGAACAUUUGUGGUGCUUUUGCUUAAAAAUUACUAUCACGUAAUUAAUUCAGCUUGUAUCAAAAGAGCUGAAAUGAUAUUUUUUCGAAGUAUAUGUUUAUUUUUCAAGACAAACCUGUCCCCUUAUUUCUGUGGAAUACUUUUAAAAACUGAUUUUAAGUUUUUAGUUAUUUACAACAAACUGAUUAACAUGGAUCCUAAACAGAAAUACAGAACAUUAUACCAUAAAAUGUAAGCCUUCAAAGGUCAAUUUAAAGAUUCCGGCAGCCAUUGUUAUGAAUGUCUGACGAUUAAUACUUUGCAGGUUAAAACGUAUACUUUUUCUUCACUUAAUGUUAUAAAAACAUGUACAUUCCCCAAAGUAUAGUAUCAACAAUGACUUGUAUUUCAUAAAUUCACCAAAAAGCUGUUAUAACUUGUAUACCGAGACAAAACAAAUUGGCAUUACUAUUCUGAUCAUGCGUCACGCACAUAGCAACACACACUUUCGCUGUUACUUCUGUCACUUUUAGGUUAAGGCCACCUAGAAAUAAAAACCCUUUGUUUAUCUAGGUAGGAAAUCUAAUUGCAGUAGCAGCAGACAGGGGGCACGAGCACUUCUUCAAUAAAAUACUAGACAACAGACAACAAAAUAAUACAAACUGAGCAGUGUUCAGAUUUUACUUGAUCUAAACAAGAAAUAGAUCAUUUUUGACUGUAUUUUUUUGCAGCAAAAAUCCUGCUGCUGGUCAGAAAACAUAAAAAACGAUGCACUGAGAAGUAAACAUUUUUUCACAUGUCAGGAUUCUGAAGUGAAAAUAUCUUACAUUCGUAGAACCAUUAGCAUCCGUAUCAAAACACUUAGGAUAUACCCACCCCUAUGUAAAGUAUACUGUAGAAAAUCAAUAGAAAGGUAAACAUUAUCGGUACAUUCGUCCACAAACUGUUUAUAAAUCAACAUAUUGCAUAUAUCACAUUGGCAGUUGGUCCGUGGCGGCAUAAUAUAUGAUGUUUAUUGGUUAGGUGACACAUAAGCAGAUUGCUGCUGUAGUAAGGCUGCUGACGAAGCUGUCUCCGUGCAAGAUUAAAGAUUUUAUACUUCCAGUUCCAGUCAGAUAAUCUAUCAGCACUAGCUAGCGUCCAUGAUCCUGAACGGUACAGAAACUCUGUGGAAUCAGCUGCUGUUUGAAUUUCUUUUGACCUGCCAGCUGCCGUCCUAUCUGACUAUAACCAGCAUGUGGUUCCUGCUUGUUUGCUGUACAUUUGGUUGUACUCACACCGGGUGCAGAGGAACGCAGUAAAAACGUCCUCCGGUUGAGGUGUUUAGACGAUGGAGGCAAGCUGUAGUUUGACACUUUGUAAUGGGGAGCGGCUCUAGUGACUUGGUUGUGAACUAACAGUGGAUGAAGUGCCGUGGAUAACGUGUGUUGAACUUUAGCUGGACAGCUUUUACUACUGCUGUUAGAGCAGCAGAUUGUGUGUGGAUUCACCAGUUAGUGAUGUUUUUGAGCUUGCUUUUGUAAAUAAAACUAGGAUCUAAGAGAUGUGUAGACUUGUUGCCGUUUGAUUUGGUGUCAUGUUGUCUUGGCAUGGUGAUUUUUGCAACUUGCCUGUGUGGAAGUGAACCGUAGGGGCUGGCAAGAGUUUGAGGGCUUGUUCAGAAACAGGAGCAGGAUAAAAGGAGCACCACGUGGAGGUGUAGUGUAUGGGUGGCAUAUAGGCAUUGGUGUCUGGUGACAAGUGGCAUUCUGCCUGCUCCUCUUCUGACUUUGAGGUCUAACUGAGUGCUGAUGUGCCUGCGGGCGCCAUGUCUCUCCUC